UGCGUCGUGCGGGGCUCCCGGCCGGAAGCGGGUGCUGGUGGCUGGAGUGCGACGGGAGAUGGCGGUGAACCUGAGCAGGAAUGGACCGGCGCUGCAGGCCGCCUACCGCGAUGUGCUCAACGACAAGACGGCUACCGACUGGGCCCUAUUUACCUAUGAGGGGAACAGCAAUGAUUUGCGAGUGGCUGGAACUGGAGAUGGGGGCCUUGAGGAACUGGUGGAAGAGCUGAACAGUGGGAAGGUGAUGUACGCUUUCUGCAGAGUGAAAGACCCCAAUUCAGGGCUGCCGAAGUGUGUCCUGAUAAACUGGACAGGUGAAGGAGUGAAGGAUGCUCGGAAAGGGCUGUGUGCCAAUCAUGUCAGCACCAUAGCCAGCUUUCUAAAGGGAGCUCAUGUUACCAUCAAUGCUCGUGAUGACCAGGAUGUUGAGCCAGAGGUAAUCAUCGAGAAGGUCGCCAAGGCCUCUGGUGCCAAUUACAGCUUCCAUAAGGAGAGCUCCCGUUUCCAAGAUACAAACCCCCAAGGACCUGUGGGGUCAGUUUAUAAGAAGACAAAUGCAAUGUCAGAAAUCCGAAGUGUGGACAAGGAGAGCUUCUGGGCACAGACGGAGAAAGAUGAGGAACGGCGACGGGAAGAAGAUAAAAGGCGGAAGGCGCUGGAACAGGAAGGCUUGGAAAAGGAGCGCAAGGAGAGGGAGCGGCGAGAAUCUGAGCUGAGGGAGAAGCAGUUCAGAGAGAAGUCUAGUCAGAUUGACCAGCAGAAGCAGUUCCAGAAGAAGCAAGAGUCCGAAAGCCGCGAAAAUGAGAAGCAGCGCUGGAAAGAGCAGGAGCAAGAAUAUCAGGAGGAGAUGCGCAAAGGGUUCAGGAGAAGCCAGUCCAUUGAAAAGGCAUCGGAGGCGGCUUCCAUCAUUUCCCAAAGAUCAGUGAAUCCGAAGGAGCUGUUCAAGGAGCGGGAGCGUGGCAAUUUGGCUGAUCCAUCUUCCUUCAAUGUGAGCACACAGCCAGGCAAGUUGAAGAGCCCUUUCCUGCAGACACGGAGCAGCCAGCCAGAAACCCCUCCCUCGCCGGUCCGCUCCGUGGCCCAGCCGGCACCCCCAGAGAGCCCUCCGAGGGUUGAGGAAAGGGUGGAAGCAGAGCCUGAGCCCAAGCCGGAGGAGCAGUGGACUGACCAGAACGAAGAGAAGGGUGAGAGUAAAGAAGGUUACAGCUGGCAGUUCCACCAUUCGGAGACGUUAGAGCAUGAGGAUAUCUACCGGGAUCCUGAGGAACGCACGGAGGAGCCUGUCAGUGCAGUGACUGAAGAUCAGGGUGUGUACGAAGCUGUGGAGACCCAGAUGCAGGGUCUGUGUGCCAGGGCACUGUAUGACUAUCAGGCUGCUGACGAUACAGAGAUUUCCUUCGACCCUGACGACAUCAUCACCAACAUUGAGCAGAUCGACGAGGGCUGGUGGCGAGGUUACGCGGCCGAUGGCUCCUACGGCAUGUUUCCAGCCAACUACGUGGAGCUGCUGAACUGUUAGUGCGCCCUGGGGCUGGGCUGCGCUCGAGGCUCGCGGCCCGAGGCCAGCCAGUCUCCGUCCUCUGACCACAAGCCAAAGCUGCCCAGUGCCUCCUGCUUUCCUUCUCAUUCUGUGCUGGGCUGGGGCUGUCCUUUGGGGGAGGGGGGCUGUUUCCACCUCUUGGUGCCUUAACUGCAAGAGGGUUGGGGGCCAUUGUCACUGACCUCACUCACCUGAGGCAGAAAACUGCAGCCCCUCAUCACUCCACUAAUCUGUGCUUCUCCUCUCCCCUCCCCUCCCCAGCUCACCCUCUGCAUGUUACUAGACCUGAACUCUCCCGGUGUUAGUGCCUUCUGACGAUGUGUACUCUCCCUCCCUGCUCCCCAGGCCCAUGUAAGGUGACAGAAGGGGGAAGCAGAGAUUUGAGGGGCCGAAUACCUGGCCUUUAACAAUAUACUGUACUGCAGUGUGGGUAAACGGUGACGUUUAUCCCACUGGCGGUUUGUGGAGACCACAGUUCAACUAACAAGGGCACCUUCCUACAAUCCCAUGGGGUCAGAAGCAAGACACACGAUGCUGGAGGAACUCAGCAGGUCAGGCAGCAUCUAUGGAGGGGAAUAAACAGUUGACGUUUCAGGUCCAGACCUGUAGUCUGGACUGAGCGAUAGAGGGGAUGUAGCCAGUGUAGACAGGUAACCUUAGCAUCGAUACAGAGAAGGCGAGUAACACAUAGAUUAAGACUGCGCCACACUGCCCCUCACCGGUCUGUACAAGAGCUGGCAAGCGACAGGUAGAUUAAGACUACGCCAUGCUGCCCCUCACCUCUCUGUACUGGCUGUCUCCCCAUUUUCCAGAUGAAGGGCGGCCACACUUGCCCCAGCAUGUUUCAGACUGUGUUGGACAUUGAUGCAAGUGGCGCAUUUCACUGUAUGUUUCCGUGUACAUGUGAUAAUUAAAGCUAAUGUUUAUCUUUAAGGGUCUUGACCCAAGCUGUCACUUGUCUAUCUUCCCCCCUCCCCGCCCCCAGCAGAUCAUAAACACAAGAUUCUGCAGAUGCUGGAAAUCCGGAGAAACACACACAAAAUGCAGGAAGAACUCAGCCAGUCAGGUAGCAUCUAUGGAGGGGAAUAAACAGUUGAUGUUUCAGGCCGAGGUUUUGAUGAAAGGUCUCUGCCCCAGAUGUCGACUCUUUAUUCCUCUCCCUUGAUGCUUCCGGACGGGCUGCUGAGUUCCUGCAGUAUUUUUUUUCUGUUGCUCCAGAUCUCACCAUCAGAGGUCUCUGGUGUCCCCAUGGUGUUCCCCUGCCUCACCUUCCUCUCGGACAACUGCCCUGAGUGAAGCCCACCCCUCCAUCCUGAGGUGGGAGACUGCUUGCCUGUGCCCAGUAUUUGGGGUGGGAUGCUGAGGGAGGAUAAGAGGGAGAGCACUGAGCAAACAAGCAAGGAGGGCGGUUCAUCUCCAAGCACUGUGUCCCCUCGCUCUUCUCCUUGCGGCCCAGCUGUUCUCCUGUGUCUGCAUCGAUUGAGGGAGGUGAUGGGGAACUGCGGUUUAUCUGGGGUUGGACCAAUGCACCACCAUUUUCUCUAGAGAUUAAUUUUGACGAAUAGAUGCCAAUCAUGUGACCAAAUAACGCACGGUUUCCCUGAGCAGAUCGCCCAGGGAGUGCCAGAAUGAUUCUGGAUACAAGACGGACAGAUUCCUGCGCCUUUCCUCAUUCAUUCACAGCACCCGUCUGUUUCCUUGCUGCUGACUUUUAAUAAAGUGUUUCGUUCUUUUGGC